AUGGCAGAUGUAUACAUGGAGAACAUGACUCGUCUCCCAAGCGAGACUUUCAGGCUCAACCAGCAGUUUGACUUGAUGACGAAAAAUAUGGGCUACAUCCUCCAUCCGUCUUUAAAGCUUCCCCCGGUUCCGCACAUUGCUGAUAUAGGGACUGGCACUGCGCGCUUUAUAAUCUGUCUACAUCCACAAUUUCCAGAGGCGGUAUUUGAAGGCUUCGAUAUAUCUCCUGCGCUUUUCCCGCCCCGUGAUGCGCUACCGUCUAGCGUAACACUUUCCGUACUAGAUUUGAAGCAACCAUUUCUCGAGGAUAUGCACGGGCAGUAUGAUCUGGUCCAUCUUCGCCUCCUAGUUUCGGCGAUGCGCCCGGAAGACUGGGCACCAGCAGUACGCAAUAUCUUUCUCCUACUGCGCCCUGGUGGAUAUAUACAGUGGGAGGAAUGCGAGUUCCUGAACGCCGAAUGGCGCAAGACCACGCCGGAUGCUCGGUUUGAGACUGCCAAAUCGAUGACCGAUGCCUUUAGCGAUGCUCUGCACCAGCAGUUUCAACACGGCUGGAAUACGCUUCCGAAACAGAUGCGAGAAGCAGGCUUUACAUCAGUCGUUACAGAUGUAGUAAGCUCUGAUAGACUCCCGGAGACACGAUCAGACAUGACGGCUAGUAUAUUGAGCCUAGUUUUCACUUGGGCGCGUAUGAUGACGGACAGAGGUACAUCAGGGCCAUUAUUUGGCGAUCAUCUGGGUGACCUAGAGAAAGCGGUGCACCAAGAAAUCAAAUCAGGUGGCUACUUCAAGUUCAACAUUCAUGUAGCAUGCGGUCAGAAGCCACCAGUUUAA